AUGGAGAUCCAGGACCAAGUGGAGCUCUGUUUUCCACAUCUCCUCAACACAUCCUGCAGGAAGCCCACACUUCACUGGUUUGAAGCUGGAGUCUUGAACAUUCUGCUGUCGUCCAUCUCUGUGAUCACCGUAGCUCUCAACCUGCUGGUCAUCAUCGCAGUCUCCCACUUCAGGCAGCUUCAUACACCCACUAACAUUCUCCUCCUCUCUCUGGCUGUGUCAGACUUUCUUGUGGGCCUGCUGCUGAUGCCGGUAGAAAUCUUUAGAAAAUCAGCUUGCUGGGUAUUUGGGGAUGCCGUAUGUGUUUUUUAUAGUUUAUUGUCCUCAACCAUUGUCUGUUCUUCAAUAGGACAAGUAGUUCUCAUAUCGAUUGACCGUUAUGUGGCUAUUUGUUAUCCUAUGCAUUACCCCACCAGAGUCACUGUGUCAAGAGCUUGUGCCAUGCGCUCUCAGGUUACAGCUGUCACAGUCCAGGUUUCUCUGAAGAAAUUUGAGUUGAAAGCAGCCAGGACUCUUGGUAUUCUGGUAGUUGUAUAUCUGAUAUGUUACUGCCCUUUAUACUGUUACGCUCUAAUUGGGGACAAUGUGAUCAGUUUUACAUUUGUCACUUUUGUCAUCUUCUUUUUUUAUUUAAAUUCUUGUUUAAACCCUGUCAUCUAUGCACUGUUCUAUCCUUGGUUUAGAAGGAGUGUUAAACACAUUGUCACUCUGCAGAUACUGAAGCCUGGGCUCUGUGAGGUCAACACACUGGAGAGAGACUGUUAA